AUGGAAAAUAAGAAUAAUGUCACCGAGUUUGUUCUAUUGGGACUUUCCCAGAAUAAGAAAAUCAAAAAUGUGUGUUUUCUCCUAUUCUCAUUCUGUUACAUAGUUAUUUGGUUGGGAAAUGUGAUUAUAAUGAUUUCUAUCACCUGUAGCCAGCUAAUUGAUCAACCUAUGUACUUCUUUCUUAAUUACCUUGCUCUCUCAGAUUUGUGUUACACCUCAACAGUGACACCCAAGCUAGUUACCGAUUUGCUGGCAGAAAGUAACACAAUUUCUUACACUGGCUGUAUGGCACAGCUUUUUGCCAUGCACUUCUUUGGGGGGAUUGAGGUUUUUAUCCUAACAGUGAUGGCCUAUGACCACUACGUGGCCAUCUGUAAGCCCCUACACUACACUGUCAUUAUGAACAGGCAGAAGUGUUAUGCUAUGGUCAUCUCUUGCUGUGCGGGGGCAUUUUUUCAUUCCUUUGCUCAGUGUCUCCUCAUUGUCCACCUACCUUUCUGUGGCCCUAAUGAAAUAGACCACUAUUUCUGUGAUGCCUAUCCUUUACUGAAACUGGCUUGCAUGGAUACAUACAGAGUUGGGAUCUUAGUAGUUGCUAAUUCAGGCAUGAUGGGUCUGGUGGUCUUCGUGGUUUUAAUGCUCUCUUACAUUCUGAUUUUAUACACAAUCAGGGCGUACCCUGCGGAAAGUCGAAGCAAAGCCCUUUCCACUUGCAGUUCUCAUGUUACAGUUGUGGUUCUGUUCUUUGUACCUGUCCUCUUCAUUUACAUUAGGCCAGCUGUAACUUUUCCAGAGGAUAAAGUGUUUGCCCUUUUCUAUACCAUCAUUGCCCCCAUGUUCAACCCCCUGAUUUACACACUCAGAAACAUGGAGAUGAAGAAAGCUAUGCAGAAAGUGUGGUGCAAGAAAAUGUUUUUGGUCAGAAGGUAA